UAAGACAGAAACUGCUAUUCUUUAAAUAUUGAUUAACCUGAGUCUAAAAGCCAUGUUAUUGUCUUGGUCUGGUCUUCAGUGAUUCAACACCGAAUAGUGUUUUAGUGCACGCUACCGUCUAAUGCAUGGUAUAUCUAUCUUACGUUGACAAGGAAUGAAGCUCUUCGGAGCAUGCCGUAGAAUGGGAACAUGGAAAAUGAGCUAUAAAGUUUGACUGUCUUGUCAGAGUUUCAUGUUUCAGUCGUCUAGAUUCUGUCAUCCUGUAUUUGAUCAUUAUACAUUUUCGGUUGUGCGAGACGUCUGCGAUCUACCGUCUGUACAGCCUAUCGAGCUAUCGCAGCUGGCAAACUGUAGGUACAUAUAGAUCUUUAUACAUGUAUAUAUAAUGACACGAGCUCUCUUGGAGGAACGUUUUCGGAACGCUGAAGAACGUUCACCAGAUGUAAUGGGAUAGAUGUUCGUUUGUCCUCUGGUCAGUCACAACAUGCCAAAUAUUUGUUGGAUUUGAACGAUCGUCCUUUUAAUCAGUCACAACAAAGAAACGUCACCUUUUAACCAAUCCGAAUCCAAGGACUUUCUAGCCAAUCAAAAGAUAGAUACGCCAUCCUCCAGCCAAUUGGAUUCAUUACAAGUCAUCUCAAAGCCAGUCAACUUGGAGGGACACCACCUUCUGACCAAUCAGAGUACAGGAAACCAGUUGACUGACCAAUCAGAAGAAGGGAACAAUAAUUUGUAAUAAAUAAAAUGGAGGAAUCAGAUGAACUGAAGAAGAAUGGAGACAUUGAGCUUUCCAGUCAGCCAAACAGUCACAAACAUGCAGAGGGUACGGAGGAGAAAGAUGUUGCCAUGGCAACGCAGAAUGGCCACCACGGCAACGAAGACGUGGAGACAGGUUUGAUGGAGAACGGAGGCGGUCCUUCCCCCGCCCCUCACGAGCAGAAAGCAGCCGAGAUCCUCCGUAAUCUAAGAGGGGAGCUCAGCUAUGGGAUAGACGAUGCCCCUGCCUGGUAUACCGCCAUAUUGCUUGGUUUUCAGCAUUACCUAACGAUGGUUGGGGCUACGGUCGCUGUCCCACUGUUUCUGAAAUCAGCACUGUGCAUCGCUGAAGAUUACGUCACGGUAGCCGAGCUCAUUGCCACAAUCUUCUUCGUCUCUGGCAUAGCAACACUACUUCAGACCACGUUCGGCAGUCGACUACCUAUCGUACAAGGUGGAACAUUCUCCUUCUUGGCACCUACGUUUGCCAUCCUGAGUGUGAAAGGGCCCUGUCCGCCUCCUCUCUCAGUAAACGCCUCGGCAGAAGAGGUAGCGAACCAAACAGAGGUGUUUCAGAGUAGGAUAAGAGAGAUACAGGGCGAUAUCAUGGUGGCAUCUCUCUUUCAGGUGGUGAUAGGGUUUACAGGAACCAUCGGCAUCAUGCUUCGUUUUAUUGGCCCCCUCUCUAUCACCCCUACCAUAUGUCUGAUUGGACUCGCCCUCUUCAAGGAGGCAGCGGACUUUGCGUCGGGCCAUUGGGGUAUUGCUUUCAUGACGAUGGCGUUGAUGACGAUAUUUUCGCAGUACAUCGCACGAUUUGGAGUUCCAUUCUUCCGUUACACUAAAGAAAAGAAAUGCCACUCCAAGAACGUCUUCAUCUUUAAACUGUUCCCGGUUAUUUUAGCCAUCCUAAUCUCUUGGAUCUUCUGUGCCAUCCUGACGGCCACGGACGUCUUUCCGACCGAGAGCGAUGACUACGGGUUCCAAGCCAGGACCGACACUCGACUUCAAGUUUUACAGGAGGCAUCGUGGUUUCGAGUUCCGUACCCCGGUCAAUGGGGUCUCCCAACCGUCACCGUCGCCGGAGUCUUCGGCAUGCUCGCCGGUGUCAUCGCCUCCAUGGUCGAAUCCGUGGGCGACUACUACGGCUGCGCACGUCUAGCUGGAGCCCCGCCCCCUCCCAACCAUGCAGUGAAUCGUGGGAUAGGUAUGGAAGGUAUCGCCUGCAUGAUCGCGGGGGCGAUCGGAUCGGGGAACGGAACGACGUCAUACAGUGAGAACAUUGGUGCUAUAGGAAUUACAAAGGUUGGCAGUCGACGUGUGAUUCAAUAUGGAGCGAUCAUCAUGCUUGUUCUUGGAACAUUUACAAAGUUUAGCGCCAUCUUUGUUAUGAUACCUGACCCGAUAGUGGGUGGCAUGUUUUGUAUCAUGUUUGGAAUGGUGGCAGCGGUGGGAUUGUCCAACUUACAGUUCGUUGACCUCAACUCAUCUCGAAACCUAUUCAUUCUCGGAUUCUCUCUCUUCAUGGGUUUGUGUAUUCCAAACUGGAUGAAAUCGGGAAACAAUGACCAGUACAUUAAAACUGGUUUGAGUGAGUUGGACCUGAUCAUUGUGGUACUGCUCAAGACUGGUAUGUUUGUGGGAGGAUUCUUUGGAUUCCUGCUUGACAACACGAUACCGGGAACUAAAAAGGAAAGGGGUAUCGGAGCUUGGCAGCGGUUCUCGGGAGGCGAUGGGGAGGACGAUGCCGUAAAUGAUCUUGUAUUUCGCUGCUACGAACUACCAUUCGGGAUGGCAUGGAUUCGGAGCAAAGAUUUCUUUUCGUAUUUGCCCUUCUCACCUACCUUCAAAGGCUGGAGAUGUAGGGGAUGCUGUCAUUGCGGCAGACGAUCAGACGGCGCUGAUUCUGAACUGUAAUCUGAACCUGUGCGAUAUCUUCUAGAUCAGCCCACUGGUGGGCCGCAAGAAGCUCCAGAGGGAGACAAAAUAGGGGAAAAAAACUAUAGUAUAUUUCACAGAUGUUGUCAUAUAUAAUAUUGGUCCAAAUAUAACAAUAAAUAUUGAUAUGCAAAAUAACUUGGAUAAAAUAAAAAUAAUGGUAUGACACCAAUCAUCUUACAAUUAUUGUUGAUAAGACAAAAGUCAUGUUGCUUAAAAAUAGAUCCACCGAUAAACUUCACUUAUUCAUUGACGAUAAGCCAGUAGAACAAGUUAAAACUAUUAGAUAGCUUGGGGUAGAAAUAGACGAAAAUCUAAAAUGGAAUUCACAUAUUGCUAUGUUGUCUAAAAGUUUAGCUUAUAAGAUAUUUUCACUUGGUAAAUUACGUCAUAUCCUUAAUGAAA